UCCUUCAAUGAAUGUAGUCGCUCCUCCAUGCAGGUGUGUGUGCUGGGCUGCAGCUUCAUGCCUCCAUCUAGUGGACUGAUAGUAGAAGUCCAGCAGCUGAUGGCAGCUUCCUCUGCCUCACGCUGCUGUCUGACUGCAUUCAGCUGCCACUGAUAUGAAACAGAAACUAGCAGCCAAUCAGUGGAGGAGCAGCUGAUCUUUUUCCAGGAGGAAUGAUGGAAAGGAGGAUUUGAGUUGAUGUGCAGAUGAAUGAUUUGUGUUUCCUCUCCAGGUGAAAGUGGAUGUGAGUUGAGCAGCAUGAGUCAGUGUGAGGACAGAGAGGAGGGAGUCCCUCCCUCUAAAAGCACUCUGUGUGGGGAACAUGACAGCCAGACCAAAGCUCAGAGCCCAGUGCUGCAGAGACCAAACUUCUCUGGACCUGGACCUGGACCCAGCUGUGUCUCCUUCAAGAGUGACCAGUCAAUGGUUGAUAUCAUUGAUUUUAAGAGAGGACAUGUGUCUGACAGACAGACAACUUAUGAAGGACCAGACUCUGCUGGACCUGGACCUGAGCCCAGCUGUGUCUCCUUCAAGAGUGACCGGUUAAUGGGAGGCUUCAAUGAUUUUAAAGGAGGACAAUGCUCUGCUGCAAAGAGAUGGAAGCUGGAAACACUAGAACCCAGCUGUGUGUCAAUGAAGAGUGACAACUCUAUGGAACCUCCUAUAUGCUUCAAAGAUGGACGUCACUCUAUUGAUCCAAGAGUCGACCAGGAGAGCUCAGAGGUUCCCAGUGGUAUCUCUGCCCAGCAGCAUCAAACACACCUGGACUCCAUAUUUAUGCUGCUGGAGGAGAACAUUGUCACUUUUGUGAAGAACGAACUGAAGAAGUUCCAAAAGGUUCUGAGUUCAGAUUACCCAGAAUUCUUAGAGAGUCAGAUGGAGGAUGAGAACGUGUUGGACGGUGAGGAGAAAGAGCAGAGGAGGAGCAGCAAAGAGGCUUUUCUGAAGAUCACACUGCACUUCCUGAGGAGAAUGAAGCAGGAGAAGCUGGCUGAGCGUCUGCAGAGCGACACAUUUGCUCCAGUUUGUUUCCAGCAUAAACUUAAAUCUAAGCUGAAGAAGAAGUUCCAGUGUGUGUUUGAGGGGAUUGCUAAAGCAGGAAACCCAACACUUCUGAACCAGAUCUACACAGAGCUCUACAUCACAGAGGGAGGGACUGUAGAGGUCAAUGAUGAACAUGAGGUCAGACAGAUUGAAACAGCAUCCAGGAAACCAGCCAGACCAGAAACAACCAUCAGACAAGAAGACAUCUUUAAACCCUCACCUGGAAGAGAUGAACCAAUCAGAACAGUGAUGACAAAGGGAGUGGCUGGCAUUGGGAAAACAGUCUUAACACAGAAGUUCACUCUGGACUGGGCUGAAGACAAAGCCAACCAGGACAUACAGUUCACAUUUCCUUUCACUUUCAGAGAGCUGAAUGUGCUGAAAGAGAAAAAGUACAGCUUGGUGGAACUUGUUCAUCACUUCUUUCCUGAAACCAAAGAAGCAGGAAUCUGCAGCUUUGAAGAGUUCCAGGUUGUCUUCAUCUUUGACGGUCUGGAUGAGUGUCGACUUCCUCUGGACUUCCACAACAAUGAGGUCCUGACUGAUGUUACAGAGUCCACCUCAGUGGAUGUGCUGCUGACAAACCUCAUCAGGGGGAACCUGCUUCCCUCUGCUCGCCUCUGGAUAACCACACGACCUGCAGCAGCCAAUCAGAUCCCUCCUGAGUGUGUUGACAUGAUGACAGAGGUCAGAGGGUUCAAUGAUCCACAGAAGGAGGAGUAUUUCUGGAAGAGAUUCAGAGAUGAGGAGCAGGCCAGCAGAAUCAUCUCCCACAUCAAGACAUCACGAAGCCUCCACAUCAUGUGCCACAUCCCAGUCUUCUGCUGGAUCACUGCUACAGUUCUGGAGGAGGUGUUGAAGACCAGAGAGGGAGGAGAGCUGCCCAAGACCCUGACUGAGAUGUACAUCCAUUUCCUGGUGGUUCAGACAAAAGUGAAGAACAUCAAGUAUGAUGGAGGAUCUGAGACAGAUCCACACUGGAGUCCAGAGAGCAGGAAGAUGAUUGAGUCUCUGGGAAAACUGGCUUUUGAGCAGCUGCAGAAAGGAAACCUGAUCUUCUAUGAAUCAGACCUGACAGAGUGUGGCAUCGAUAUCAGAGCAGCCUCAGUGUACUCAGGAGUGUUCACACAGAUCUUUAAAGAGGAGAGAGGGCUGUACCAGGACAAGGUGUUCUGCUUCGUCCAUCUGAGCGUUCAGGAGUUUCUGGCUGCUCUUCAUGUCCAUCUGACCUUCAUCAACUCUGGUGUCAACCUGCUGGCAGAAGAACAAUCAACCUCCCAGAAGUCUGAAACAAGAAAAGAUGAAUCUGCAGUGAUACAGUUCUACCAGAGUGCUGUGGACCAGGCCUUACAGAGUCCAAAUGGACACCUGGACUUGUUCCUUCGCUUCCUCCUGGGACUUUCACUGCAGACCAAUCAGACUUUCCUACGAGGCCUGCUGACACAGACAGGAAGUGACUCAAAUACAAAUCAGGAGAAAGUCCAGUACAUCAAGAAGAAGAUUGAAGAGAUUCCCUCUGCAGAGAAAAGCAUCAAUCUGUUCCACUGUCUGAAUGAACUGAAGGAUUGUUCUCUUGUGGAGCAGAUCCAACGCUCCCUGAAUUCAGGAAGUCUCUCCACAGAUGAACUCUCUCCUGCUCAGUGGUCAGCUCUAGUCUUCAUCUUACUGUCAUCAGAAAGAGAUCUGGACGUGUUUGACCUGAAGAAAUACUCUGCUUCAGAAGAGGCUCUUCUGAGGCUGCUGCCAGUGGUCAAAGCCUCCAAGAAAGCUCUACUGAGUGGCUGUAAACUGUCAGAGAGAAGCUGUAAAGCUCUGUCCUCAGUUCUCAGCUCCCAGUCUUCUAAUCUGAGAGAGCUGGACCUGAGUAACAACAACCUGCAGGAUUCAGGAAUGAAGCUGCUGUCUGCUGGACUCGAGAGUCCAAACUGUACGCUGAAAAUGCUCAGGCUGUCAGGCUGUCUGAUCACAGAGGAAGGCUGUGCUUCUCUGGCCUCAGCUCUGAGCUCCAACCCCUCCCAUCUGAGAGAGCUGGACCUGAGCUACAAUCAUCUAGAAGACUCAGGAGUUACGAUGCUCUCUGCAGGACUAGAGGGUCCACACUGGAGACUGGACAAUCUCAGGGUGGAGCCUGGUGGAGUCCGAUGGUUGAGACCAGGUCUGAGAAAGUAUUCCUGUGAUUUCACACUCGACACAAACACAGUACACAGAAAUCUCAAACUGUCUGACAACAACAAGAAGGCGAUAUGUGUGGAGGAGGAUCAGCCAUAUCCUGAUCAUCCAGACAGGUUUGAAGACUGGCCUCAGCUGCUGUGUAGAGAUGGUCUGACUGGUCGCUGUUACUGGGAGGUCGAGUGGAGAGGAGAGGUUAAUAUAUCAGUGACUUAUAGAGGAAUAAAAAGAAGAGGAGGCAGCAAAGACUGUAUGUUUGGAUGGAAUGAUCAGUCCUGGAGUCUGACCUGCUCUAACGUUAGGGGUUACUGUAUCUGGCACAAUAAGAGAGCAACAUCCUUCUCUUCCUCCAUCUCCUCCUCCUCCUCUAUCUCUGAACGAGUAGCAGUGUAUGUGGACUGUCCUGCUGGCUCUCUGUCCUUCUACAGAGUCUCCUCUGACACACUGAUCCACCUCCACACCUUCAACACCACAUUCACCGAACCUCUUUAUCCUGGUUUUGGGCUCUGGUCCAGGUUGUCUGGUUCCUCUGUGUCUCUGUGUUCUGUGUAGGAGGGACUUACUAGGGAGUAAGUCUCUUACUCUUAGAGAACAAGUAAGUUGAGUCUCAACAGAAUCACUGUUACGGAAAUCUUAUAGGUUGUAAUAAAUUCAUCAAUAAAUUUAGAAUUGAUUCAAAGUUUCCUUUUCUGUUUUCUUUUCUAUUGUAAACUUCUUCCACUUCCAUGUCUGUCUCACUGACAUGAGUAAGCUGGAAGUAUAGUAUAUAAAGUAUAUGGUCAAAAGUUUGUGGACGCCGUUGUCCAUAAAGAAAUGCUUUUCCCAGUUUGGUUUGGAAGAUCUGGGCUGGCCUGCACAGAGCUCAGACCUUUGGCCCCAUCUCUCGCCUUUGGGAUAAAGUGGAAAACAAACUGUGAGUCAGACCUGAUCACAGCAUUGGUGUUGAACCUCACUGAUGCUCGGAUGUCCUGUUUAUCAACCUGAAUCAUUUUUUACAGUAUUUCCUGGUUUUACUAUAUAAUAAUGCACUCUGGUCUUCAAUUUUAUAAGUUUAUUCUCUUCGCAGUUUUAUUCAGUUAGUUCUUGUAUUUUAACAGUCCGUUUUCUAUAGUCAUUAUUUACUUUAUUAAUCCCAGCCUUCUAUUUUAACAGCUCAUCCUUUGUAUUAAUUCUACUUGUAUUUUAACAGUACAUCCUCUAUAGUCAUUUUUACAAUGCACUGUUUGUUCUUCUACUUUAACAGCUCAUUUCAAAUAGUUUUACAGUGUAUAUCCUGGUCUUGUAUUUAACAGUACAUCCUCUAUAGUAAUUUUUACAGUUUACGUCCUGGGCUUGUAUUUGACAGGACAUCCUCUGUUGCCAUUUUUUACAGUGUGUGUCCCGCUCUUGUAUUUUAACAGUACAUCGUCUGAAGUAAUUACAGUGUCAAUGUCCUGGCAUAGCAAUUCUUUCAUCAUGUUUUCAGGUAUAAUUCCUCACUGUGACCACCUGAGGGCAAAAAACCUAAUCAUUUCAAGAUCAAUAGGUGCGUUUGACUUCAUGUGGUGCUGCACAGAGAUGACUGUAUGUGAUGCCUGCUGGACUUAACAGAAGGCAUGCAUGUUAGAAAUUGUGUCCGCAAGACAGCUGCCAUCAGUAGUUGCUUUUCUCAAGCUGCACAAAGUUGGAACCACCUUUUGUCUGAUCUUGCUGCAUUUUUCUUUGUAAAUGUCGCAAGAUCAGUCAUUGUUCAAAGCUUACAGUAAGCUCCCGCAGGUAGAAUAGACAGAAUGGACGUGGUUGUAACAUUUUUAGCAUUUCUGUCUGUAUCUCGGAGCUCUUUUAAGCGAGUCAGUUCAAAAUGUGAUUGAAACUAGUUAAAUGUGUCUGUUAUUAAAUGGUGUAACUGUUAUCUCUGCAGCGCAGAUAGAAAAUGUCUGGCUUAGUCUCAAACAAAAGGAGUAAAAUGUCACAGUUCAGCCUAGAGUCUGGGCUUUCACACCUACUUCGUUUGGUCUGGACUUUUGGACUUUUGAAUUUAAUCCUAACCAAAAUUACAGGUGUGAAACCAUGGUCCGAAAAUAGGUAGUCACGGUCCGGAUCAAACUGAACCAUAGGUUAAUUUGUUUCUAGCGUGAAAGCAUUUCACUGUUUACAGGAAGGAGGAAAUGCAUUGAACACUGAAAAUAUGGAAUCAAACUGCCACUCAUGUCCUUAAUCUCUGCUCAAACGGAGGUGCAGAAGGAUUGCUUACUGUCUACUCCUCCUUUCCUGCCAGCAACGAUAUAAUGUUCACACAAUGCAGACGUUCAUUUGGUGAAUUUGAACUAGCCUCGGGCGCAGUUGGUGCUGUAGGUAGUAUUGCCAUAACAGUGUAGCAGCAACAAUAUGCAGCUGUUGUCAAGCCACUCCUUAACUCUUUACAAACCAAUCAAUGUCAAAUAUUGGAAGAUAUGACCUACAUAGAUGAUGACAACAGGACUCAAGUCUGUCAUACAAAUUUCUUUAGUGCGGUCGCAUAAAUGCAGUGUGAAACCAAAACUAACCGAAUGUACCAAAUUGUAUGGUGCAGACUUUCAGGUAUGAAAGGGCCCUGGGAUGAAAAGUAACAUUAAGUAAUAAGAAAUAUGAGAACGUAUUGAAAGCUUUUUAUUUAAAGGGGCUAUAUGUAGUUUUUUAAAUUAAAUUAAUCACUUUUAUUUCUUUACUUGUGUGGGUGUUACGGCUUGGGCUGUAUGGCUGCUUGGGAGGUGUGUUCUCUCUGUGCAGGGGGCGUGGUUGCUGGCUCGGCACCUGGCUCUCCUCCACACCUGCAGCAGAUCAACUCAUCACCGCUGUGCUCUUAAGCUCCAGCUUCCUGGAGGGCCGGUGCCAGAUUGUUUUUCGCCAUCCGUGGUAACAGUUGUCGGCCUACUCAGACGAUUCUCGUUCCACUCGAGCCUUCGUGUUAAAGGUUGUUCCUAACUGUUUUUUGUCUCUUCUUUUGUUUCCAGACCUCUGCUGCCUCGUGCCCCCUCGCCUCGCCAGCCACACUCCUGGAUCCACAAGCUCUCUAGCUUCCCUACCCUUGCCUAGUUAUUGUUUUUGUUAUCAAGAAUAAACCCUUUUUUCACACCUUGA